GGCUGCACGAGGUGGGAGGCGCAGCUGGACGUGGGGGAGCAACCGAGGUGAUGAAGCCCAUCUGAGGACGGGGGGGGGCGCUUGUCCAGGACGAGGACGCAUAUCUGGGGAGGACGACAGCUGUAGAUGGGAAGAGGGGGUCACAGGCAGACUAGGCGGUGCAUCUGGGCAGGAGGGGACCACAGAUGAAUAUUGGUGGCACUUCUGAGAAUGGGCCACAAGGGAAUGGGGCACACACCUGUAGGCGAAGAGUCCAUACUAGUGGGGAGGACGUCUGGAUAUGGGAGCAUCUCUGGGAAGCAGGGGCACAGCAGGAUGUGGCAACCCACAGGGGUCACAUCUAGGAGAGGGGCCACAGCUGCCUAGUAUUAUAGACACAUCUGGGUAGGAGGGAGCCACGGGUGCUCCGAAUAUGAAGAAUAUGACAGGGGAUGAGGGGUCCAUUUGUGGGUGUGCAGAGCACAUCUGGAGAUGGAACGCCUUUAGAGGGGGACACAGCUGAAUGUGGGUUACAGCCCAUGUGUAGGCAUGGAAAGGCGCCCCAGGAUGGAGCCCCCACCCGGCACGGCGGCGGGGCAGGAGGAGCAGGAGCUGCGGGAGAGGGCUUUCUUCUCGUGGGCCGAGUUCAGCCGCUUCUUCGACUCAUGGUGCCAGCAGCGGCUGGCCCUCUUCUUCGUUAAGAGCUCCAUGCACCUAGCGCGCUGCCGCUGGGCCAGCGCGCCCCCGCUCUACACGCUCAUCGACGUGCUCAAGUACAGCUACGUGCGGCUGGUGUGCAAGGACGUGCGCGCGCCCAGCCGGCCCGCCGUGGGGCCCCCCCAGCCCGGCUGCCCGGCCUUCAUCAUCGUCAAGCUGAGCCCGCUGCGGGACCGCCUCGUGGUGACGGAGUGCCAGCUGACCCACUCGCACCCGGCCUGCCCGCUCGAGUUCGCCUACUACUUCCGCCCGGGCCACCUGCUGGCCAACGCCUGCCUGCCGGUGCGCACCACCAACAAGAUCUCCAAGCAGUUCGUGGCCCCGGCCGACGUGCGCCGCCUGCUCUCCUACUGCAAGGGCCGCGACCACGGCGUCCUGGACGCCCUGCACGUGCUCGAGGGGCUCUUCCGCACCGACCCCGAGGCCAAGGUGAAGCUGGUGUUCGUGGAGGACCAGGCGGUGGUGGAGACCGUGUUCUUUCUGACGUCGCGCACGCGGGCGCUGCUGCGGCGCUUCCCGCGCAUGCUCCUGGUGGACCGGCUGCCGGGGCUGCAGGGCGCGCUGGACCUGCUGGCGGUGCUGUGCGUGGACGGCGCGGGCCGAGCGCGCCAGGCCGCCUGCUGCGUGGCGCGGCCGGGCACGCCGAGCCUGCUGCGCUUCGCGCUGGCCUCGCUGCUGCAGAGCGCGCCCGACGUCAAGGGCCGCGUGCGCUGCCUGACGGCCGGGCCCGAGGUGGCCGCGCAGCUGCCCGCCGUGCGCCAGCUGCUGCCGGGCGCGCGCGUGCAGAUCUGCCGCGCGCAGGGCCUGGAGACGCUCUUCAGCAAGGCGCAGGAGCUGGGCGGCGCCCGCCGCGAGGACCCGGGCCUGUGGCCGCGCCUGUGUCGCCUGGCGGGCGCCCUGUCGCCCGCCGCCUACGCCGAGGCGCUGGCCGAGCUGCGCGCCCACGGCCCGGCGGCCUUCGUCGAUUACUUCGAGCGCAACUGGGCGCCUCGCCGCGACAUGUGGGUGCGCUUCCGCGCCUUCGAGGCGGCGCGGGACCUGGACGCGUGCGCUCUGGUGCGCGGCCACCGCCGGCGCCUGCUGCGCCGCCUGAGUCCCUCGCGCAGCGUGGCGCAGUGCCUGCGAGACCUGGUGGCCAUGCAGUGGGCCGAUGCGGCUGGGGAGGCGGCGCCCGACUUCUCCGACGAUGGGGGGCCUUGGCUGGAGAGUGAGCCGGGGAGGGGAAGCCGGGUGGAGAAGGAGAGGCUGAAGGGCCUGAAGGAGACUGGGGACUGGGGAGGGACCCCGAAAGAAGGAAGUAUUUGGAGAGAAGCCCAGUUAGAGAAGGAGUGGAUCAGAGGACUGGAGCCCAGAGACCGGGGAGGGGCUCAGGCAGAAAGCGAGAAGGGGAGGGGGUUGCAAGUUCGAGAUUGGAGAGGGUUCCAGUCGGAAAACCAGAAGGGAAGAGGUCUAGAAGGGAAUGUCUGGAGAGGGUCCCAGUUGGAGAAGGAGCACUUGAGAGGUCCCGAGAUCAGAGACUGGAGGGGGAGUCCGUUGGAGGGUGAGAAAGAUGGCGGACUAGAAGGUUAUAUUUGGAGGGGGGCCCCGUUGGAGGCCCAGAGGUUGAGAGGAUUGGACGGGUACACUCGGAGGGUGGCCCAGUUGGAGGACCGAAGAGUUAGGGUGCUGGAGACUGCAGACGGGAGGGGGACCCCGCUUGAUUAUGAGAGGGCCGGGAGUCUGGACGGGAACACCUGGAGCCGGGCCCGGUUGCAAGAUGAGAGGGCGAGUGGACUGAAAGCCAGAGACUGGAAGGGGCCUCAGUGGGAAGCGGAGAAAGGAAGGGGGCUGGAGGUCCAAAACUGGAGGGGGAGCCAUAUGGAGAAGCCGGUGGAAUUGGCCCCUGAGAACGGAGACCAAAGAGGGCCCCAGUGGGGAGAUGGGAGGCAGAAAGGGCCAGAGACCAGAGAAGAGAGAGGAGUGAGGUUGGGUGUUAAAAGAAGGAGGGACCUGGGGGAUGUAGUUCUGGUCCAGCUGGGGGACCCGAGGGGGACAGGCCUGCAGAAUGGAGAUGGAGGGUGUGCCCGGUCUGGGGGCCCCCAAAGCAGAGGAGUGCAGGGGGCGGAGUGUGGAGACACUGGAGGGAGGUGUCUAGCACUGGGGAAUGGAGUCCCGAGCGGCACCCCCAUGGGGACUGUGUUUGAGGGUGACCCAGAAUGGGCAAGGAUAAGGAGGAUGGACUUGGCAGCUGGGGAGAGCCUGCAGGAAGGAAGUGGAGAAGAAGGCCCAAGGGAACCGAAGAGGCCUUGCUGCCCCUCGGAAGAGGAGGAGGUGGACUGGGAGCCCCUGGCCAAGUUCCGAGCAGCCUGCGGACCAGAGCUGGCCGACCUGGUGGCGGAAGAGCUGGCCUUCGCCCGGCAGCACGGGACCCGUGGUUUCCACUGGAUGGGAGCCGGCUUUGCCCUGAAGGACGGCACCUCGGACUUCUUCCUGGAUGGAGCCCUGACGCGCUGCAGCUGCUCCAUCCACGCCGCCCGCCGCCUGCCCUGCCGCCACCUCUUCGCCGCGCGCCUCCUCACCGGGGCAGCCUUAUUCCACAUGGACCUGCUCAGGGAUUGCUGGGGGAGAGACCCGGAGCCCUGAGUCUCCCAGCCCCCGCCCGUCACCCUCCACUAUGAGGGCAGAAGGGCAUUCUUCAAUCCCAAAGAUAACAGGGCUGAUGCCAAGGAGGCCACCCCAGCCCCCCGGCCAUCCCCUGUGUCAUCCAGUGACCUCAUCUUGGCAGUUUGCCUCUCUGGGUCCAAGGGGAAGCCGACGGUGUGGUCUCUGAGGUCCUGGAGCCGCAGCUGUGGGAGAUGGUGGUGGCCAGGGUGGAUCCCAAGGGCUUCCCUCAGGAGAGGAAAUGCGUGAUAAGGGAUGUAGACAGGUCAGCCCAGGGCAGGAGGAAGAAGGGGAUAAACGUGGGGGAGGGGAGGACACCAGGAUGAGGGGACAGCCUGGCAGAGGUGGGAAAUAGCAAGGGGUAAUGAAGGAGAGGUAAGGGGUGGAAGGACAAAGGGGCGACACACAUGGAGGAGAGUGGACAAUAAAAGAGGCAGAAAUAGGGAAGAAGUGGGGGCAGGCAGAGGAAGGCAGGAGAGGAGAGAGGGGCCGGGGAGGGGAGAAAGAGACAAGAAUGGUGGAGAGGGAAGGAAAAAGCAGCUGACAAAGGAAAGGUACAGGUGAUGGGGAGGGAAGAAGUGAGAGGGGAGUGAUUUUGGUAUUUCUGUAAGGCCUGGAGUCUUGGGUCCCCUUUGCCUUCAGGUUGUUCAUUCCCGGAAGAGGCAGAAUGAGAGGGGACACUGGGAGUCUGGUGGGAUGGGCUGGAGGCUCACCAUUGGGGGAGGGGAACUGUCUGGACUAUCGUGGUGCAAGAUUGGAAUAAAACUAUUAUUUUGGUUUC